AUGGCUGACAGACGGAAAACUAAAAAGCAAUCGAUGGCAAAAAAGUUAGCAGAACGUGAGACUUUGAGAAAUCACGAAGAAGUAUCGAGCAGUCUCACCGACGAUUUGGCCGGUGGUAGUGGUCAAGUAGAAAUGAUGCGUGGUCGCCGGUCUAUGAGGCGAAGGUCGAGGAGACGCAGGAGCCGGUCGCGGUCCAGAAGCCGUCGGGGCAGAAGACGUAGCGUCAGCGGUACCGAAGAAGACGACGACUACGAAACGGCUUCAGACACUGAAGAAGACGACGAUGACUCGACAGCGGUGGACGCGUCUUCCCGUAGGAGGUCGAGAAGGCGGCGGAGGGGCGGUCGGCGACGUCGUCGUCCAUAUCAGGCGAGUGGUAGCGACGAUGAUGAUGACACGGAGGCCACUGAUUCAGAGAGCACGGAAGACAGCAGAGGUCCCUCGACGGCAGUCGACAGCUGCGGAAAUCCUUGUGGCAGCAGACGUCGCCGGAGGAGGAGGAGGAGGAAGAGUAAGUGCGCGGCUAGACGUCCAAGAAGACGGUCGACGGGGUGCAAGAAGAGGAGAAGAAGAAGGAGGAGGAAAAGCAGUUGCUGCAUUGUUGCAAGCAUUGAUGGUGCCCAAGUUCAAGCCCAACGAUCAACCCGGCGACUUGCAGGGUCGAGUGGAUCAACAGGUCACAGAUCCUCCACGUCGAACAGCACUGGACCGGACACAGCUGAUACCCCUCAGUGA